AUGUCUGCGGAGAUGUUCAAUACUUUAGAAAAUAUUAUGGGAGAUAAAUCAAUAAUAGUGCGAGAUGCUUACAAACGGUAUGCUGACAUAAUAAGUAUGAGAGGCUUGAAUAUGUCCGUACCUGUAGGAUCAAUAUACGGACUUCUUGGACCAAGUGGUUGUGGUAAAACAACUUUGCUGAACUGCAUACUCGGUCAAAUUUCGUUAGACUCUGGUAAAAUAUACUUGAAUGCGCAACGUCAUGAGGAAAUUAGUUACAUGCCACAAGACAUUACAUUGCACCAUAAUUUAACUGCAUAUCAAACUUUUCUAUUUUAUGGAUUACUGUACGGAAUAAAAAAAGAAAAUGUGAAAAAAAGAAUCAACGAGUUAUAUAGUCUGUUGAGAUUACCAUCGUUAAAUUUACAAAUUAGAAAUUUAAGUGGCGGGGAACAAAGAAGAUUAUCGUUUGGGGUAGCAUUAUUUCACGAUCCUAAAAUUAUGAUACUCGAUGAGCCCACUGUCGGUAUCGACCCAGUUAUAAGGCAAAGCAUUUGGGAUCAUCUAGUUAAACUCUCUCUGGAAGGAAAAACCAUCAUCAUAACUACUCAUUACGUCGAGGAGGCCAUCAGAGCAAAUGUGGUGGGAUUUAUGCGCAAUGGAGUUUUAGUUGGCGAAGAUUCGCCUAGUACGCUGAUUUUCAAACAAAAUUCAUCUACAUUAGAAGAAACUUUUUUAUCCCUCUGUUGUGUACAAGAAAGCGGGAAACUUUCCAGUGUACCUAAACAGAAAUAUUUAACAAAAUUGCCGAAUUCUACGAAUCAUUUAAAAAAUAGAUUUUCCUGGAGAAGGAUUCGAGCUUUAACCUAUAAAAAUACAGCAUUGCUAUAUAAAGAUCAUACAUUUUUAUUCUUCACAUUUGUCUUACCUUUGGUUCAAACUAUUGUGUACAACUUAUGUGUCGGUCAUAACAUUCAAAAUGCUAAGUUAGGAAUUGUCAACGAUGAGACAAAAAAUUGUAGCACUGAUCUUUACCGUCAAAAAUGUUUCUUAAACGACCACGACAACACAAAGCUUAGUUGUAUGUUCAUCGAACAUCUACGAGAGUUUAAUGAUUACUUGAUAGAUUAUCCGUGUUUGAAGUCCGGCAACGAUGCAUUGAAUGCCAGUGCUGUAUGGGGAUUGAUUUAUUUUACUUCAAAUUAUACAUUGAUGUUGAAAAAUCGUAUCAAUCUAUUUGUCAACCACUAUGAUAUAGAUUUUAGUUCAGUGCAAGUAACAUUAGAUCCAACAAAUUAUAUCAUGAAAUUAAAAAUAAAAGAUGAUGUGACAUCGACUUUUGUUAAAACAUUCAAGGAAGCUACAAGUUAUUGUAAUAUAAGUGACAAAUCGUAUUUAUAUCCUAUUACCGUUCAGAGUAUAGGAAAUGUCAAAGUCACUGAGUUUAUUCAUUCAGCUUCUCCGGGAUUUAUAGUUUUACUAGCUUUUUAUUUCCCAAUGAUUCUAUCGACCGGAUUAUUGUUGUCUGAGAAGGACGAGGGAAUAAUGAGCCGUAUUAUGGUUGCAGGAGUAAAGUUCUCGGAAUUUGUUGUUUCUGUAAUAUUUCUUCAAACAACUGUUCAUAUUAUACAGUCAUCGAUCGAAAUAUGUAUAAUGUAUUUUUUAUUUAAUAAUCCAAUUUCAACUGAUAAUUUUUGGACAUUUGCAUUGAGUAUAAUGGUAAUUGGAUACCAAGGAAUGUUUGCUGGAAUAUUAGUUGCGGCUGUAUCAAAAACGUAUUCAAUGGCUACACAUAUUAACAUGGGAACAAAUGUUUUAUUUUCAUGCUUGUGUGGUCUCAUUUGGCCUAUGGAAAGCGCACAUCCGAUUCUGAGGGCUUUUAAUCGUUUUCUACCUUUAUCCAUUGCGUCAGAAACAAUUGGAAAUUUGACUCUUAAAGGAUGGCCACUUCAACAUCCUAUAGUUUUACGUGGAUUUAUCUUAACAGUAUUAUGGUUAAUUGUAUUCGCAAUGCCCGUGUUUUUUUUUAGUUUGUUCAAAAAAGGCACUUGGUUGAAACCAAAAUAAAAAUGAUUGUUAUUUG